GGGGGUGGGCGCAGCUCGCCGCGCUCCGCACAAAGUUUGUUUUCUCCCUCAGGGCGGGUGGGGGAGGGCACGGAGGGCGCGGGGGGAGGAGAGGGGAUCUGACGUCAGGCCGCGAGGUGCUUUCCAGCCGCGAGCUGUCAGGCCGAGUGUCAGGCCGGGCAGGCUUACCCAAGGUCCAGCCUAGCCCUAGACACCAUGUCAGACAGUGAUCUAGGUGAGGACGAAGGCCUCCUCUCCCUGUCGGGCAAAAGGAAGCGCAGGGGAAACCUGCCCAAGGAGUCAGUGAAGAUCCUCCGAGACUGGCUGUACUUGCACCGCUACAACGCCUAUCCCUCAGAGCAGGAGAAGCUGAGCCUUUCUGGACAGACCAACUUGUCAGUGCUGCAGAUAUGUAACUGGUUCAUCAAUGCCCGCCGGCGGCUUCUCCCAGACAUGCUUCGGAAGGACGGCAAAGACCCUAAUCAGUUUACCAUUUCCCGCCGCGGGGGUAAGGCCUCAGAUGUGGCCCUCCCCCGUGGCAGCAGCCCCUCAGUGCUGGCUGUGUCUGUCCCAGCCCCCACCAAUGUGCUCUCCCUGUCUGUGUGCUCCAUGCCUCUCCACUCAGGCCAGGGGGAAAAGCCAGCAGCUCCCUUCCCACGAGGGGAGCUGGAAUCCCCCAAGCCCCUGGUGACCCCUGGUAGCACACUCACCCUGCUGACCAGGGCUGAGGCCGGAAGCCCCACAGGUGGACUCUUCAACACACCACCACCCACACCCCCAGAGCAGGACAAAGAGGACUUCAGCAGCUUCCAGCUGCUGGUGGAGGUGGCGCUACAGAGGGCUGCCGAGAUGGAGCUUCAGAAGCAGCAGGACCCAUCCCUUCCAUUACUGCACACUCCCAUCCCUUUAGUCUCUGAAAAUCCCCAGUAGCUGUCUGCCAAGAGGGGUGCUCAAGGCUCAAGCCAGCUGUUCUGGGUUUCUGUUUUGGUUCCCUUUCAUGCAGAGGGUUUUCUAUGGAUCACUGCCAAACAUUGGGAUCAUCUCCUCUGUGCAGAGGUCUUCAGCAGGAAGAUGCCAUUUGGCACCACUGCACUGUGAUGGGGGACCUCUCCUCUGCUGACUCUGCCGUUUCUCCAGGCCUCCCCUCAGUGAUGAGACCAAGAGAUCGGAGACAAGCAUGGUGCUGCUGCUGCUGCUGCUUCUCCAGAGAAUCCCUGGGACACCUUUGUUCCAGCCUGGUUUCCUGGGCAGGGCUCAGGAAAGCUGCCAAGUUCAGUCCUAUGUUGGGUCCAAGCUACCCCUGCGCUGUUUCUGUCAAGCCAGGUGUGGACAUUCCAAGUUCAUAUGCGUGAACAAAAGAAGAGGAACCCAGUGGAUGUACCGGAACCGACUCCAGUUGAAUGUUAGAUUUUUGCUAAACUGUUUUGUUUUUCCCUUUUUUGCUGUGGUUUACAUUCACAGCAGUAGUUAGCCCAGGUGUGGGGAACAAGAGUGCACUGCAUGAUAAGAGUUCUGGUGAACUGGGAAGGACCCACCACUGUAACUGGGGAUUGUUUUGCAAGAAAGGAGUAUUUUUAUUUUGGGGACCAGCUAAGUCUCUGCAGUAGUGUGAAAUUUCAAAUGGUUGUUUUGGUUUACCAGAAAAAGGCAAAAAAAACAACUGUAUGAGUGCAUUGGCUUUUCUGCCACAGGCACAGAAGGGUAGAAAGCCACAGCAGGGGGCAGUCCAGCAGAAUGUGACUAAACCUAGGCACCGAGCAGAGAAGGAUAAGAUGAAAAGGUGUUUGCUUUUUCUUUUAAUUUGUAUUGUAGUUUUUUUUGGGGGGUGGGGGAAGUAAACUAGACUGAAGCAAUGGAUUUUUUUUUCUUUUUUCUUUAAUAUUUUUCCCUUUGUUCUUGAACACUGCCCUGUACCCUGAAUUUUGAAUUCCUUUAGGAACUUGGAUUAGAGGGGCUCGAAUAUCGGAAGCUCCCAUCACCUCCUACUUGGAGAGAAGUGAGCCAUCUGCUGGUCAGGAAGUCCUCCAAACGGGCAGCUCUUUUUCACAAUGGUGGCUACUUGGGGAAAGCAGGAAUAGUGUCCUGCCGAGGAACCGCCUUGAGAGGAGGCUGGGGCUGAAAAAGGGUUAGAAGCAUGCUAACUGGGAGUGUCUUUGUUUCACCUUUCUCUUAAACUAGAGUUGCAGGGGCUCCUGACCUGAACUUGCCAGUGAAACAGAUGACAAUUGGUCGUCUGCUCUUUCCUCUCCCCAAUUUUUGUUUUGCC